AUGAGCAACAAGUACAAAUCAACAGAAUUAGCUAUUUUACUUGGUUUGUUAUAUGAUGAUUGGAGUGGUGUUCCGAUCAAGAGUUUGUUAACCUCUUCUGAGUUAAAACGAUUUGAGAGUGGGCAAACUGUGUGGGGCUCUCUGAAGCUAGAUGUCUUAGCAAUUCCUAAAAGCGUUUCGACAAAAACUUCUGAAGAAGUAUUAAUAAGGAGGUCCACCAAGGCAGGAAGAGAGGAAUUGUUGAGUCAGAAUCAUUACCUUCUAAAAUGGCAAGAAAUGGCCUAG